AUUUUGUUACUUCUUCCUCAUCAGUCUGCAUCUACCUCUCAUUAAAAGUACCCUAAAUCCACACUAUGCCCAUGUGUUCCUCAGCCAAGGGCAUGAUUCUAAUCUUUUGUGUCCCUUUCUUGGAGAGUCUUAGGACCAGAGAUCAUUAGGCCCCACCCUUCAAAACCUUCUCAUUGUCUUGCUUAUAUAUCACCCUCCAAUCUCCACAUAUCCCUGCUUCCUUAGCUCCACUUUCUCUUUUCUUUAUUCUUUAAUUUUCCUAGAAAAUAGAUUCUCUCAAAAUGAAAGGCUAUUCCAAGAUCAAAAUCUUUAAUCCCACCUCUGCCAAAUCAAGAUCCAUAGAUCUCUCAUAUCCUUUAACUUCUUCUGAACUCAAAAAAGCCAAUUCCCAAACAGACACAGACUCGAAACCCCAAGAAAAAAUCACCAGCCAGCUGCAGAACUUCAACUACACUAAUACUAAACCCACCACCACCAUCACCAACACCGCCACCGCCAACGAAAACCUCCAGGAUUCACUUUCAUGGCUACAAGACGAAGAGGGUUAUAAAGAAAGUUCUAAGCUGGGGAGGAACUCUUCAGUUUCUUCAGCUUCUGGUUUUCAGUCUGCUGUUAAGAAAGCUUUCUCCAUGAGAAGAUCUUCCUCAGUUUCUGAGAGCUAUUGUAGGAUCCAUGACCAAUCUUCGGGGUUUCCUUCACCAACGCAUGAUGAUGAAGAUGAUGGUUCACCAACUAGAUCUGUGAAGAAAAAGAACAGCAGAAGCAGAAUCCUUAGAGCUUGUAAGAAACUUGUUGGACUCUAGCUCAAUUUCUUGUCUUUUUUUUUUUAAAAAAAAGGGAAAAGAAAAGAAAAUCCCCUUUCUAAAGAAGGGGUUGUUGAAUUACAUUUCUUUCUUCCCUUGUGCUUUUGGAUUAAGACAUAAGUGUUAGGUGCAAUGGUCAUCCUAAGAAAGAAAUUCAGAAUUAUUGAGAUGAA